AUAUCCCUCGUGGCUCAGCAGGGUUCAACGUUCACACGGCACAGCUCGAUGAGGCCUCCAGCUCGUCGGUUUCCUCUGAAGUCAUCCAGACGAUGCCGUGUGCAUCUGGUUGCCGUGGCCGCGCGCGGGGCGGCUUCGAAUUACUCUUUAAGUCUGUCAAUCGCUCUGAUUCUGUCGUCUCUGUAGCUGCGAGCAAUGCCGCCACGGAUGAAAAAGCACUGUCAUCGUGAUGGUGAUUCGUGCAUGUGGGAAGCGGAAAAGCAGGGAUGGGAGGAAGCACAGAAGACAGAGGAGCGCAGGAUGGGUCGUGCAAGUCGGGGGGCACAAGGCAACAUUGACGGACGGGGGCUCAGACGCCACUCCAAGCGGCGAGACUGCACGAUCAUCAUGUUGACGCACAGCGGCGGCGCAUACCAACUCGUCUGCAAGACUCUCGAGUGACGAGCUGCAGCGUCGGAGCUGAACGAGGUCCGAGCGGCGCAGGUACUGGGCGCCAGGAACACCCCAAUCAGGGCGAGCAGAAUCAGUGGCUCCGCAAUCGGUGUCAGGACGAUCUUGGUCGGGAAGGUCGCCGCUCAGAGCGGCGUCGGGAUCAUGAGGGCCGUCACGAUCAGCAUCUUCAGAGAGAACAUCAGCGAGAUGAUCUCGAUUCUCAGGACGAGUCUGGCAAGCCUGAGGCGCACGGACACCAGCAGGAUCACGCGCGGCAGCGUGCGCAGCACCAGCUGUGGCCUGACCGUCUUCGAAGUUGCGCAGCUCCCGCUCGAAAUUGAUGUCGUACAGGUAGGACUCGUGACUAGCCACUCCAGCUGGCGGCUGCGGGGAAGGAGUAGUAGAGCACCCACUCGGCGGUGAAGUUGAAGAACGAAGAUUGGCCAUGAAUUCGGACACCUUCGGCAGGUCCGAGCCGUCGCAGUAGCCCACGACCACGGGCAACAGCGUGGGCGGCCUCUGAGCGUGGAUGAUGUGCACGAUGUGCGUAGCCAUGCCAACAGCCAUAGAGAUUAUGUCGAGCACCUGCGGCAGAAGGGAUGAAAGAGAAGUCGGGUUCGCACCUUUUGGCAAUAGCGGGUCCAGCUGCAACACGCGCUUGCCCGAUGGGACAGCAUCAAUGGGAGGGAGUACCUCAUUUACAGCAUGUUGACCCACGUCGGCUUGAUGGAUCGCCUCCUGCACGCGGGCGUCCUUGACCCUCGGGAGGCGGUGUUUGGCGCGGCCUGCACGUGUGUUGACUUGGUGGAGCUGGUGAACAGCGGCGCCACCCACCCGCGGGGCAGCGAGAGCGACUGCAUCACGAAGAGUGUGCGAUUGAACUCCGCUCUCGAAUUGAAGGUGAGCGUGAACGCGCAUGCCAUGCACAACGUCGCGAACAUGAGGGGCCAGAGCAGCUGGGACCAAGACAUGCUUAAAGCUGCAGGGGACCUCCCGGAGAUAGCCGCGAGCACGGCCACGUUCGCGGCGGGCUUCACGGCGUGCAGCAGAGCGGCGAUGCGGCAUCACCGCGAGCGUGGAGACGAUGAAGACGAGCAGACGCCACACUGGAGGGCAGCGGCGCACACCAUUGCAUGCUGUGAGUGGAGCGCGUGCGGGGCUCCGGCCUAGCAACAUGUGGCUUGAGCCAAAAUGGCU